GGGAAGGAGGGCGGAGGCGGAGGCCAGUUCCCUAGCUCCAGCCGCCGUCGCCGUCGCCUGUGCAGUUGCAGCCGCCGCCGCCUCCCGCCAGCUCGCUCCGGGGAAAGAGAACGCGCGCGAGCUCGGGCGUCCCCGCCCCAGCCUUUCCCGGAGUCAUGAAUCCCAACUGCGCCCGGUGCGGCAAGAUCGUGUACCCCACGGAGAAGGUGAACUGUCUGGAUAAGUUCUGGCAUAAAGCAUGCUUCCACUGCGAGACCUGCAAGAUGACUCUCAACAUGAAGAACUACAAGGGCUACGAGAAGAAGCCCUACUGCAACGCACACUACCCCAAGCAGUCCUUCACCAUGGUGGCUGACACCCCAGAAAACCUCCGCCUCAAGCAACAGAGUGAGCUCCAGAGUCAGGUGCGCUACAAGGAGGAGUUUGAGAAGAACAAGGGCAAAGGCUUCAGCGUGGUGGCGGACACGCCUGAACUCCAGAGAAUCAAGAAGACCCAGGAUCAGAUCAGCAACAUAAAAUACCACGAGGAGUUUGAGAAGAGCCGCAUGGGCCCCAGCGGGGGUGAGGGCCUGGAGCCCGAGCGCCGAGAUGCCCAGGACACCAGCUACCGGCGGCCCCAGGAGCAGCAGCAGCCUCAUCACAUCCCGACCAGCACCCCAGUUUACCAGCAGCCCCAGCAGCAGCAGGCGGCCCAGUCCUAUGGUGGCUACAAGGAGCCUGCAGCCCCAGUUUCCAUACAGCGCAGCGCCCCAGGAGGGGGCGGGAAGCGGUACCGCGCCGUGUAUGACUACAGUGCCGCCGACGAGGACGAGGUCUCCUUCCAGGACGGGGACACCAUUGUCAACGUGCAGCAGAUCGACGACGGCUGGAUGUACGGGACCGUGGAGCGCACCGGCGACACGGGGAUGCUGCCGGCCAACUACGUAGAGGCCAUCUGAGCCCGCUGGGCGCCGCCCCGCCCCGUCCGUCUUCAGUGCAUUCCACGGCAUCGCUCCGUCCUGGGCGGGACCUGUCCGCCCUUCGGUGUCUCUGUUUUUUAAAAAUCCGCGACAGCUUGUUUAUUUCUCCCCCUUCCAGCUUCUUUCGCCAACCGAAGCCUUGUACUGCCACUCUCGCGGCUCCUUCCUCUGGCAGGGUUUCCCCUUGACCAACUUCUCGAUUUUUUUCUCUGGAUGGAACAGGUGUCACCACCCUAGGGGAGGCGGGGGCCCGUGGGGCUGGUCUGGGUGGGAGACCUGGCGACUCCCAGGCCUCUGCCUUCUCCUGUUCCUGCCCACUCAGCCGCUCCUGCCCCUCUCGACACACACCCACGCAUUCCAGGCCCUGACUCCCAGGGGAGGGGCGCCCCAUAUGCCUGGGGUGGGACCCCACCACCCUUGCCCUGAGAUGGGGCCCGAGUGGAGAGGGUGCUGCCAUUGUGCAGGGACCAAUGACACGGGCGUUGCCUCUGCUUCUCAACGAUGGGGCUGCAGUCCAUACAAGGGGGCCCCUCCCUACCUUCUCCCCAUCUCAAGGGAGCCAGAGCAGGGUGAAGCUCCUCCUUCCCUCCCGCUCCCCCCACACGGUUCCUUCUCACACUGUGAUUUUGCUCUCCUGCCCCCAUGGCCCGGGCAUGGGUGGCAGGUUCCCCGGGAAGCGUGGCUUGGGUCCGCUUCUCUCCGCUUUUACUCGAGGGGCAGCUGCAGGAGAGAGUGGACGGGGCGUUCUCUCCGCAGCCCUUUCUCUCGCUCCCACCCCGGUCUCCAGGGUCCCUGGCUUGCCUCCUGGGCCGGAUGCCCCAGGCCUCUUGUCCUGCAUGGCCCAGCCCCUGAGAUCUGGUCACACCGCCGCUCCUGGGAAGGUGUCUCUGGGCCUUCCCUGGCCUCCCUGCCGCCCGACACCAAGUGGACUGGACGGCCAGAAGCCACAGGCCCCUCAGUAUCCCCAGGUCUUUGUGGGGGGUGGGCAGGGGUGUAGGAACGUGGGUCUGCAGGUGUCUGUGACGUGUGAGCGUGAGAAGCGGGCUUUGGUGAGGCUACACAGAGCUGCCCUCCCUGAUUCUCCUUAAAACUCACGGAAAGAGGGGAGGCUUCCGAGGGGGAGCAGUUCCUUAGGUUUUCUUUGGGGUGAAAAUCCUGCUUUCCCCUCUAACCCCAAUGGAGGAAGCCCGCAUCCCCCCGCCCCAACGCACUGGGCAGAAGUAAGGGGUGGGAUUGUGCACCUGCUUUGCUGGGGGAGGCGGUGGGGGGAAGGCUUCGUGUCUCGUAUUCUCUUCCCCCAUCCCUGUGUCCCAGGCCUGCAGCGUCGGGUGCCAGGGGGACCCCGUGUCACCCACAGGCCUCCCCCCUUGUUUACCUACAGCCUCCGUGAAGCAGAGGGAGGGGAUCCCAGGGCUGUAAAACUGGAAGCACAGGCCCGGGGCGAGAAAGGGAAGACGGUGCUAUUACCUCCAAGUCCCUUUUCUUGCUCAUUGGUGGCCGUGGCGACCCUUGUCGGCUUUAUUCAUCUCUGGGCUCUCUUGUUACCCUUCUGGGUCUCCCCUCCCGUCUUCACCCCGCGUCCACUCUGGCCCCACGGCUGACAUCUAGGCACCCUUGGGCCCUUGCAGGAGAGGGAGGGGCCCGCAGGCAUAUUUGUAGCCCCCAAGCCGUCACUGUUGGUGAGUUGACUUGGGAAUAUUUACCCCGGAUCAGAGGGUUGAGCCCCUGCCUGACCCGUCCCUUUCUUUCCCUCCUUGCCACGGCCAAGGUGAGAGCAGGUGGAAUGUCUUACACAUCGCCGGGGGUUGAGGGAGGCAGAAAGGGAAUAAUUGUAAGAGCCUUGGGGCAGCUUCUGCUCCAUUCUGUCUCCUCUUGAUCUCGAAGCACAAUGUGGAUUCUGGGACCAAAGGUCAGAGACACAUCCUGUGGGAGAACCUGCGGUUGGGAGGGGGCGGGAGGAGGACCUGGGGGAGCAUGAAGCAGCCUGUUUUCACUCGGCUUCGUUUUCCUUCCAAAACAAGGCAAGCCGGCCACUGGACUCUUGCUGCCAGCCCUGUGCUCCUCCCAUCCUAAAAAUAGGGGACCGUUUCUCACACACUCCCAGACAGAGGAGGGACUGUUACACUGGUGCUGAGGGACCCAGGGGCUGCCGGGAGUCCUUUCUCCUUUCCAGAACCAUCCAUCCCUAGGAGAGCAUAGAACCUGAGGGCUGGGCUGAGUCCCUGGUCUUUUUUUUUUUUUUUUUAGCAGUUCACAGAGGUUUUUUUUUAGCCCAUCUAAUCCCAGGAAAGGAGAUACAGCAAAGCUAGAAUGUGAGUAUAACCUAGUGGACCAAUAAUAAAAGUGCCAGCCCAAUGGUGAGAAAACUGAAUUCUCAAUAUUGCUUCCUGUUUUCUUCCUCGUGGCCCUCCAGGGAAAACUGUUGCUUCAUUUCUGCCUUUUUCUCCCUCACGUAUGCACUUUUGGGCUCCCCCCUCCCUUUUUUCUUUUAAUAGCUGGAAAAAAAAAUACCACCCCAGAAACCUGUAUUUAAAAACAAACAGAAAUGACCAUGUGAAAUUUGCUUCUGUCCAAACAUUUCAUCCGUAUGUGUGUGUGUGUGAAGCCGUCUGUUCAUCUUUUUCUAUGGGGUGGUUGUCUCUUCUUGGUCUGUUUUGGUCCCCUCCCUCGUGGGCUUGUGCUUGGGAUCAAAUCUUUAAUGAUUUUGAACAUUUGACUUGGACCACAAGUGAAUCUUUCUCCUGGUGACUCCAAUAAAAGUGUAAUUUUUACCUGCG